UUAUUUUUCAGGGGAAAGUAGAAAUGACAACACCUAUAUGAUGAAAUAAAUAACUGUCUUUUAUAAGACGUAAUAAUAAUUUCACAUAUGUAUGUAUUGAUUUCACUGUAAUUGUGACGUGCAUCAUGAUAUCCAAUAACUGGUACAUGACACAUAUUGAUUAAUCAAAUUAAACUGACAUUUGAUAUCUUGAUGAUACUCAAUAAAAUUGCAAAGAGGAAAAUUGACCUAAAUUGUUUUCAAACUGAUUAGAAAUUUAUAUUUAUUAUUUUUAAUUGAAGAUGAAAAAUUUGAUUAGCAUUACGACGUGGUUCCGAUCACGUUAUGCCAUUUGUUUUUUAUAGAAGCAUGUUGCAAUCACAGUUGAAUAUAAACCCAGGCCACACUCAACCAGCAUAUUACAAGGCACGUUUAAUAUCACUUGAGUGGGGUAUUUACUUUCUCUCUGAAACGAGUGUGUUGAAUUCCAAUAGCUUGGUACCACAGGUACAUACAUCUAGCAACCAGUUUUUAUCAGUCAGCCACCAUUGUCGCGGCCACCAGGCGUUCCGCCGUGCGGAUGAGGCUCGUGACACCUCUUCAAAUCAAAUUCAUCUUUAAAGGUUACUGAAUAAAUAGAAAUGCAGUUAUCACGUGUAUGUGUAUUAUUAAUUUGCUCUUUGAUAACACUGGAUUUUGUGACAUCAGCACCAAGUCCACAAGAGCCAGCUUUUGAACUUCCUGUACAACUUGUUGGAUUUCCAGUUAUAAUUGCUGCUGUCAGAAUAACUAAUUUUAUCAAAAAACUUGCAUACUCUUUGAAUCCACAAACCUAUAUGAGCCGCAUGAAGAGAGCUGGUAUACGGAAUCCGGAAGAAAUUAUUCUGGAUGUGGAACAAGUUGAGAAGAGGCUUAUUUCUGAGAUGGGUGAAAGUGUUUGUAUCUAUGAGCACAUUUGCUCUAAAUAUGCAGAGAUAAGUUUGAUGAAUCAAAGUCAAUCUUCAUAUCAAGAUUUAGAUGAAAUAUUCAGACAGUACAAAACACCAACGGAUACUAUGAAGGAAAAUUACUUGCUUAGUGUCUUCCUUGGGGAGAUUGUCAGAAGCCCUACGUUAUGUCAUCAACUUGCUAAACGUGGUAGAGCGUGUGAUGAGACAACACUCUCGGAUUAAAGAAAGAAAGUUAACGUUAAAAAAAAAUUAUGCUGAUGAAAUUUUUAUUUUUUUCAACAUACUGAAUUAUUUAUAUGAUAAUAUUUCAACAUGUGGUAUUUAAUGGUGGAUAAUAGUUAAUUUAUCAAAUUCAUUUGUAUAUAAUUUUUGAUAAAUUUUAUUAUUAUUAAUAUUCAACGAUGAAUUGUUAAUUAAAACAAGUCAAAUUGUUGUAAAUCACAUUGGUGAUAAUUGACUCAGGUUUAUUUUUUU